AUGGACAAGACCACAGAUUUGGAACUAUUAAACCGCAUAAAGUUAGAUGAUCAGGAUUUGGAAUUAUUAAACCGCAUAGAAUUAGUUAGCUUUGAGGAUGAUGAUGAACCAAUGCAAGUGGAAGAGGACUUAGAGAGGAGAAAAUUCUCCUCACUCCAGAAGGAGACAUAUGGCCAGAUGAAGCGGGUGGAGGAAUGUUUCUGGUUGUCGUUCAGAUGGCCAGAUGGCAAGGAGAAUGCAGCUCGGAGAGUAGUGCGGAAUGUUGAAGAUCUGACUAAGGAGGAAUAUAUGCAGGCAAUACCUUGGUGGGCACAGAAGGCCCCAGAAGCAUGGGAGUUGGCUGCAGAACUGAGGUGGUGCAACGAAGCUUGGAAAGUGAAGUCUGAUGCAGCAAGGGCUUGCAGACAAAUGAUGCGAGGAGCAAGUCAUCGUCAAGGAAAUUGUUCACAUGCUCGAUGGAAGAAGAAAAUGGUGUUAGUGGUUGCUGCAUCACAGUUGUAUGUUGUGGAUGGUGAUUCAGGUGGGGAAUCAUCAGCUCUAAGUGUUGGUGCCUCGGAACAAGGGUAUGUUUACAUGUUGAUAGGAAAAGCCACGUUGCGCACAGUGUGGCUGUCUCUAUAUUGGAAGUUAGCAUCCAUAUCUGUAGUCGCUGCUGCUAAAGGGGAAACUAAAGGAACAAAUCUUGUCGUAGAGAGGUCUGAGCUGCUAGUUGGUGCAGCCAAUAGAGGCAGCUGGGCUACGACUCUAAGUGUUACCCUUGCUGUAGCCUACUGCAUAAAGGCUUGGGCUGCCCUACCCUCUGAAUGGCAACAAGCUGACAUAGUGCAGAGCUUCUGUCACUGGGCUAUGAAAUCAACGCUAUGGAUAGUGAAGAUUGAAGAGUGUAAACUGAAACUCGACCUACAGCAACCAGAGAGGGAGAAGCAGAGAGGGGAGGAAGGCACCACCGCAGCAGGGAUGAAGAAGCGGAGGCAAGGGAGGGCAGGACACGGUGAAGGGAAGCGUUCGGAGACGGGGACGGACGCCAGAAGGCCCGCCGACCCUGUAGACUGUCCCGCGGGCGUCCACCAUCUCUCGCACAAUCACCAGCGCAAAAGGGAAGAUGUAGGGAGAGAAGAUAUGGGGGAGGAGCCAUGA